AUGGGUGGUUCCCAGAAGAUGUACAUCAUCAAAGAUCCCCAACUGAGCCAAGUCGCUAUGAGGAACAAGGCUCUAAGUCUGAUUCCUUUUAUGGCAGAGUUCGCAGAAAAGAUGGUCGGCUUCGGGCCCAAUAUCAUGAACUUGUUCCAUCACCCUCCUACAGACGGUUCACUUCCGUGGACUGACGAUCAGCAUCGUUCUUAUGCACCGCUAUCUCCUGGGCCUGAUCUACUGGAGAUGAAUACUUACGUCUUGAAAAGAAUCUCGCAAACCAUCAACUCCGUUGGCCCGGAAUUUGAAAACAAAACUCUGUAUUUGUGGUUACGAGAUGCUUUCACCAAGGCGACCUUGGGCUCUCUCUUCGGCGACGAAAACUCCCUGACAGCCAGCCCGACGUUAAUACAAGAUCUCUGGGACUACGAUGCCGGCCAGUCUCAGCUUCUAAUGCAGCCGUUCCCUUCCAUCACAGCACGCCAAGCCUAUGGUGGCCGUUCCAGGGUUCAGCAAGCCCUCAGAAAGUACUUUCUCGAGGAAUUCGAUCAAGUUUCCAAUGUCAGCGCAGUUGUCAAGCGGCGCGUGGCGGUCAAUCGCAAGUGGGGAUUACCCAGCGAUGACGUUGCCGAUCACGAAUUCGGAAUGCUCUUUGCUAGUGUCACAAACGCAAUCCCAACGCUUUUCUGGAUGACAUGCUACGUCUUUCGCGACACAAAGCUCGUUGAAGAACUACGAAAGGAGCUGUUGGAUAUCGCGGUCAUUCAGGACCAAAACGAAACGGCCGCGGAUGGACAGAAUGUCUUGCAGUUCCACUGGCCUCGCAAGUGUACAUUCCCCGUAGCAAAGCUCAGCUCAGCCUGUCCCCUUCUGUUGUCAACAUACAAAGAGGUCAUGCGUUUGACGAACCGCAACGCCGGCACGCGCAGGGUUGUCGAGGACACUGUAAUCAGUUACACACCGACUCCGGCAGUCGGAGAGACGGCGGCUACACAGUCAUACCUGUUGAAGAAGGGCGCCAACGUCCAGGUUCCCUCCAUCAUCACCAACUUUGAUCCGGCUACAUGGGGUCCAAAUGCACACGAGUUUGACGCAAGACGGUUCUUGGCUGUAGACAAAGAACGAGAGCGCACGCAGAGUCGUGCCUUCAACCCCUUUGGCAGUGGCAAACACCUCUGCCCCGGUCGCUUCUUCGCCGACGCGGAGAUUCUGGGAGCACUGGCUGCUUUGAUCCUUGGAUUUGAGAUAGAGACGCCCGAAGGUGGCCGAGUUCAAGUGCCGCCUUUAAAAAAUAACCUAGCCGAAGCGGUGCCCAAGCCAUUGCAGACUGUUCAGGACAACAUGAUGGUGAGAAUUAGACGAAGGCCUGGCUGGGAAGAUGUUGAAUGGGCCUUUGUUGCGAGCAACGGGAAAAGCUGA